AUGAGUAUGUUUUGUAGACGUGGUUUCCAUACUUCACCAAUAUUCAAUAAAACUUUUUCAUCCGUUAGUACUAAACUAGCAUCGUACAAACCCAUUCCUAAACCAACAAAGGAAAUUGCAGAUAUUCCCACCUUUUUAAAAAAAAUAGGCCGUGGUUGUCAAGAAUUUGAACCCAUUUAUGAAAAUAAAUGGGAAAACUUAUUUACCUUUAAUACAAAAGUUUUGAAAGAAAAGGGUGUUUCUAUCCAACAAAGGAAAUAUAUUGCUUCUCAAUUGGAAAGAUUUAGAAAGUCCCAUACCGUUAAUGAAAUUAAAUUGGGUAAGAAAUCUUUUUUUGGUAGUGAAAGACAUAGAGCCGAAAAUAUUGCCAAAUGGAGAAUUGAACAAAGAAAUAAAAAUAAGUGA